AUGAAUACAUUAUCUUCUAACUCAACCUCUCCCUACGAAUCGACGAAAUCAUUCCUCAAUUCGACAACAAAUAUGAAUUCCUAUUCGCGGCACCGAUUCUAUGACAUGUCAGCCACGGGUCCAAUCAUUGCCCCCAAUAUAUCUCCAUUUCAAAGCGUUGAUCAAACAAAACACUAUUUCCAAAGUUAUAGUCCAUGCAAUGUGUCCAACCCUUCCAACGACUUCUCUCACUGGACUUUUGCUAAUCUUCAGCCAAAUUACGGUUGUGGCAAUGGGUCGACAAUAGGCGCUUACUCUCAACACCACAACAACUUUAAUGCAGCGACAGUUCAAAGCAGCUCUUCAUACGAUCCCCGAAGAAAUAAUGAGAUAUUAAGCGGAUCGACAACCAGUACUCCUUUGCCGCCCCUUUUGCUCGACAAUAAUGCUAUUCACCAACAAAUGAGAUAUUCUUCGGGGGGUUAUUGAUCUAAAUUACACUUUUAUAGACUUUCAAUUAUUGCAAUAUAUUAACAACUUUUA